CAAUGAGGUACCUGGAGACGGCAAUGCCCAUCACGCAGGACAACGCGGGGGUCUUCCUGCCCCUCCUAUGGCAAUGGCUGCAGAACAGCCAGCGGGAGGGGGCUGAGGGCGCCGAGCAGAAGCUGUGCCAUGCAGCUGUCCAAAAGCUGAGUGAGUACAUCCAGCUCAACUUCUCAGUGGAUGAGAGCAAACUGCAGGCAGGGAGCUGCGGGGCUUCAGAUACGGAGAUCUGCACUGUCUAUCUGGCUCAGGAGAUGCGGAAAACAGAGGUUCUGGGUCUGAGCUUUGGGAACAUCCCUGCACUGGGGGACUAUGGGGAGAAGCGGCGAGGAGGAAGGAAGAGAAAAGGGCAUAAGGGGCCGGUGCUCGAUGUAGGGUGCAUCUGGGUGACGGACUUGAAGAAGAACAGCCCAGCCGGGAAGUGUGGGAGAGUGCGACUGAAGGACGAAAUCCUCUCCCUGAAUGGACAGCUCAUGGUUGGCGUGGACGUCACUGGUGCGAGUUACCUGGCCGAGCAGUGCUGGAAUGGAGGCUUUGUCUACCUGAUCAUGUUGCGCCGCAUCAAGCGCAAAGCCCCUCUUCCUCCCUCCAACGGCAACAACAGCAACAGCUGUGACCCCAAAGCCAAGCCCAGCCCUGAACCUGCUGACAGAACAGCUCAGAAUGGGAAGAGGACCAGGAAGUUUGGGGUCAUCACAAGGACGCCAGGCAGCAAGGAGAGCAAAGAAAAGCCAGAGCACGGGAAUGGGCACUGUACCCCGAUGGAGGUGGAGGUGGCUCAACCGGAGGCCCCUGAAGCAGAAGUUAAUGCGGAGGAGCAGCUGCGCUGCGCUAGGGCACAGCACCGGUCCCGGCUAUCAGAGGGCAGCGUGAUGGACAUCACUGAUCAAUCAGCCCAGCGAGAAGGUUCCCGAAUAUGGAAGAUGCACAUCCUGAAGGGGACGGACGGGCUGGGGAUUCAGAUAACAGGAGGCAGAGGCUCGAAGCGAUCCCCGCACAGCAUCAUCAUCACCCACGUGGAGGAGGGCGGCUCAGCACACAGGGACGGCAGGCUGACGGCAGGCGACGAGCUCCUGAUGAUCAACGGGCAGUCACUGGUGGGGCUGUCCCACCAGGACGCCGUGGCUCUCCUGCGCUCGGCCGCCGGCAUGGUGCAGCUGGUGGUCGCCAGCAAGGAAUCCGCUGAAGGGGAUUUUCUGAAGUACCCAUCUGCCAGUUUGCCAGAUUUGCUUAGCACUUGCUCAGUCCAAGACUCUGUCUCUUGCACUGACAAUAAAGAAAAUGAAGAGCCCGAAGAAGAAGAUGUGAAGGGAGAGAAUGUGUCCCCUGAAACACUGGUUGCUGUGAUGGAAACUGAGAAGUCUCAAGAUGCAGCUUCUGCAGAAGCCUCCAGAGGAAACAACCAGAGUCCAGCUCUGGGAAGUGGCAUAUUGAAAUACAGAAGUCGAUCCCAAGGUGCUGGAUCCCGCUUAGAGUCUGUGGGAGAGGAUGAUGAGCUGAUGGUGGAAAAUGGUGAAUCCAGCUAUGAGAUAGCAGUGAAAUACUCCCGGGGUGGAAGGAAGCACUCCCUGCCACAGCAGCUGGAAUCAGCAGGAGCUCGACAGGAGUACCACAUUGUGAAGAAGUCCACUCGUUCCUUCAGUGCUGCCCAGGUGGAAUCUCCAUGGAGACUAACCCAGCCGUCCAUCAUCUCUAACAUUGUCCUGAUGAAAGGGCAAGGCAAGGGUCUCGGAUUCAGCAUUGUGGGAGGUCAGGAUUCUGCUCGUGGACGCAUGGGGAUUUUUGUGAAGACUAUAUUCCCCAAUGGCGCAGCAGCUGCUGAUGGAAGGCUUAAGGAAGGAGAUGAAAUCCUGGAAGUUAAUGGAGAGUCUCUGCAAGGGCUGACCCAUCAGGAAGCCAUCCAGAGGUUCAAGCAACUCAAGAAAGGGGUGGUGACCCUGACGGUGCGCACGCGGCUGCGCAGCCCCAGCCUCACACCCUGUGCAACUCCCACCCUGCUGAGCCGCUCCAGCUCGCCCAGCUCCAGUGCCAGCGGUGGCACACCAGUGCCCGGCCCCGAUGAGGCGGAUGGUUCCUUCUCCAGCCGCAAAGGCCCUGGCCCAAAGGACAGAAUUGUCAUGGAUGUGACGCUCAAUAAAGAGCCAGGGGUUGGACUCGGCAUUGGUGCCUGUUGUCUCACGCUUGAAAACAGUUCUCCAGGGAUAUAUAUCCACAGCCUGGCCCCAGGAUCAGUGGCUAAAAUGGAUGGCAGAUUAAGUCGGGGUGAUCAGAUCCUGGAGGCAGAUUCAGUCAGCCUGCGUCAUGCAGCAUUGAGCGAAGCCUACGCCAUUCUGAGCGAGUGCGGUCCAGGGCCGGUCAGCCUUAUCAUUAGUCGGCAUCCCAACCCAAAGGUUUCUGAGCAGGAGAUGGAUGAAGCAAUCGCACGAACUACUCACCGAGAGAGUAAGGACACGGGCUCCUCUCAUGUCUCAGGCACUGUGCAAAAAACCCCAUCUCCUGGUGUGAAGACCAAACAAGGAGAGACCUCAUCUCCCCUCAGCUGGACAAUGAAACGCUUCCUGGAACCAGCAAGCCGGCAGGGAUCCGUCAGCUCCGAGGCAGAGCUUUCCCAGUACUUCUCGCAUGAUAGCACGAGCCACAUCCCAUUCUCUGAUGCUGUAACUGGCUCCUGUGAUGAAGAACAGCUCCGUCAGAAGAACAGAAGCAGCUUGCUGGAUGACAGCUCCCUUCUUCCUGCUGCUAGAGAAGCAGGAUUGGCAAAAGCAAAUGUUCUGGUUUCUUCAACUAGUGGGAGAUCAUCCUGUCUUCACAACAAGCAUGUGGAGUCUGUCCGCCCUGGCAUCCUCAGUGACAGUCCCAAAUCUGCUCGCAGCCCCUUUCAUCGGCAGAGGAGGGUUGUCUUCUAUGAUGGCGAUGCCAGUGAUGAUGAUGAAAGUUCCCACUUGCAAAGAAGCCAGAAAGCCAAGAGCCAGGAGGAUGCUGGCAUUGUCAUUACAACCUCAUCAGUAGAAACUGAUGAUGAGAUCCAGGACAGCAACUCAUCUAGAUAUAUUGGCACAGAAACAUCUUCCCCUCUCUUCAGCAGCUCCGUGGAGUCUGCAGACAGCACGCCAGAGCAAAUAGACUCUCCUUUCUUCCCCAUCAUAGCUUUUGACUACUCUAGUGUGCCUGAAGUUCGUCUCAGCAGCCUGAGUUUGAGGGAACUCCGAGAGGCACAGCUCGAAUCUAAGAGAUCCCCGAGACUGGAGCACAGGGCUGUUACAAGAGUGAAAAGCAUGAUGAGCACCGAGUGCAGAAGUCUUCAGAGGCAGAGGACAGAGGAGCAUGGCGCUUACAGCAAGCCUGUUGCAAGGAUGCUCCCUCACAGCAAGAAGUGUGAAGCACCUGAUGGGGCUGGGCAGUGCCAGGGUGAAAUUGUCACUCUGGUUCGCAAUGAGCACGAGUCUUUCGGCCUGGAUUUGGAAAUCCAGGCUAUGCCCUUGAAGGUUGUUGUCACAGGGCUACGUCCAGGUGGAGCAGCGGAAAGGGGAUCAAUGGGCAAGAUGACUGUAGGAGAUGAGAUUACCACCAUCAACAGUAUUCCAGUCAGCAAGAUGACAUAUGAGGAAAUUUGCUUGCUUAUGCAAUGUCUUCCUACAUCUGUAACCCUGGAGAUCCAGAAAGCAGCAUCAGCUGUCAGCAGAUUUACAAACCUCAUCCUGUCUCCAGCAGUAGACACUCAAAGUCAAGCUGAUGUCAGCAGCACCCUCUCAGCUGAAGAACUGAGUGCUGGGAAACAAGAAGGAGCAGGUUUGCAAAAUGCUGGUGGUGGCUGUGCAGUACAGAGAAUGACACUGCCACCUGAUGCCGUGACGGAAGAUGUGGAGAGAGGUACCACAAAGAGCAGCCAUGCCGGGGAUUGCAUGCCUGUCACUGAUAUUGAUGACUUGCUCAUCCAAAUGGGUGCUCCUGAGAGCAGGGCUUCGCGCACCCCGUCGCGAGCAGAGAGCCCCUUCCGAGAUGAGUCCACCACCAUGUGCUGCUGUGGGACUGAUGAAGGCUGCCCUGGUUCUGAGCCGCGUCGGGGCAAGGAGGAGCUGCUGGAGAAGACUAUGAAUUGCACAGUGAACGCACAAGGGGUUUUGGGGCUGUCUGUGUUGGACUCUAUUAACACAGGAAAACUUUUUACUGUGAAUAAAAACUCUUUAAAUAACUAUUCUAGGAAUUUUAGCAGUUUAAGUGAGGAUGAGUUGCCUGCAGCAAGCUGUCCAGACGGUAAGGGAAGUGACGGGUUUCCAAAGUCCAUGUAUGGGGCUGCAGAAGAUUCUCACUCAGAUGCAGAGUCUGUCACAGAAACAUUUGAUAGUGCUAGUGACGUGUUGCAUGGGCCGUGUGCUGCUGCUAAUCUCCCAGCAGUCUGUACUGUAUUGGAGUCAGAUGAUGAGCAAAUUGAGAUUUGUUGCAUGAACGAUGAGCUGCAAAAGCCUUCUCAGGAGCAGCAUCUCACAUCUGUGACAAGCUCAUCCUCUCUGGCACCACCACAUCACUGUGGUGGCAAAGUUUUGCAAACUGAGGAUUGUGCAAUGUGUAGGUCACUGGAGUCAAGAGUCAGCAAACUGGGCUUGGAAGACUGCAAUGGUCCCAAUUUGUGUCCCUCACCAUGUUCAAAAGUCUUCUCUGCUUCCCUGUGUUCUCCUUCCUCAAUCUUUCUGCCAGAAAAUAACAUCCUAAAGAAUUCAGUUGAUGUCCCUGAAGUUUACACAUUCCAUAACAAUGGUGCCUUAAGUGCAGAAGAGCAAGUGGGUCUGGGGAUCAGUAAUGGACACAUAAAAUGCUGUGAGUCUGUUGAAGAGAAAGGGUCUCUGCAUUGCAAAAAAGGUGGCUUUUGCUCUGCUGGAAAUGUCAGUGGCUUGGAGAACAGCUUGCUUGAGAAAGAAGGAUGUCAUGACCAACAGAGAUCCAAAUCUGAAAGUGAAACAGUGGUUGAUGACUGUAAUCACACUGUUACCUAUUGCUUAGCAAAGAAAGAAACCAACAGUAUGUCCAGCUUGUCUAAAGCAGACAGCAAUCAUGUGAAUGCAACAUCAGCAAGAGCAGUAUCACUCAGGUCUUCCUUUCCCUCCCGAUCUAAAGAUCCAAAGGCUAAUACAACUCAUGACUUGCCAGGGAAAAAUGAGAAAACUAACUGUGUGACUUCAGGAAGGACUUCAAAUGGGAAAAUCCAAAGCUCGAGCACAAAUCACAGCAAAGAAGCUGUAGUACCACACAGCCCAUCUUCACAGAAAAAAUCUUGCCAGGAGUCUAAGGGAAUAGCACAAAAAGGUAUAAUGGAAACCCUUUUAAAUAACCAGAAGGCCAAAGGAGGUCCAAAGCUAAAAGGUUUCACUAUCAAAAGCAAAGCAAAGACAAAUUCAGAUUCUUCCAGUGUUAAUCUUACCAAAGUCAGUGGGGCUGAUCAGAAAAAGACUUCUAUUUCUCCACAGCUGUCUCCUAAACUUUUGGGGAAGAAAGCACUGUUACCCCGUAACUCAUCUACAAAUCCAGAUCUGAGCAAGAGCAUUUCAGCAGCCUCAAAGACUCUGAAAUCUGAGCUGGAAAAUAAACCAUCUCUGGUCAUUUCUGAAGAUUCACUUCUGCCUGCCCUGAAUGGCACCAGCAGCCCCGCAGCAUGCAGUGAAAUGAACUGUGGUGGGUGUGGGCAGCUAACGGAUCUGCAGCAGGCAUGGGGAAAGCCAAAAGAAAAGCAAGCUUCCAUGCAGCCUGCAGUGUCUCAGGGUAAGAGUGUUAAGGUGGAUGAUUUCAGAGCAAGAGACGGUCAAUCCAAAGUUGCUUCAUCCGCUCAAGGGGAAACAAGAGUUGAAUAUAUGAAAGGGAGAACUGAGAACUCUGGAAUGAACCUGAACACAAUGAAGAGCAUCUAUAGUGCAGAUGACAUUAGGCAGUUAGAUUUGCAAAAUGUUGGAGCGUCAGCUGUAGGCUCUUCUUCACUGAGGUCUCCUGCAGUUCAGCUGGAGCAGCAAGAAGGGCAGGAGAUUCAGCGUAGUUUCAUUGAGGUGAAGCUUUCCUCCUCCUCCUCCUCCUCCUCAUCAUCAUCAUCAUCAUCAUCUUCAUCUUCUGCCUCUUCCUCACCAGCACCAUUUUUGCAGCUGCCAUUGCUGGAGAAAAAUGAAGAGGUGAACACAGAGAUGCAUCAACCGACUGAAGAGAUGGGGACCACAGUGUAUUUUUCAAAAGUAGAUAUUGCCAGAGACAGAAAUCUCUGCGGCUUGUCAAAACCUGUGACAAGGACAUACUCGAUGCCAGCCCAGUUAUCUGGUCACUUAAGGGAGAACUGCCAUGCUGUGGAGCUUCAGCCUGCACAAGGUCCCCAGGGCCAUGCUGCAGACAAAAAAUGUCCCCAGGCGGUGAUGGGUUCAUUACAGAUGGUGCAUCUCAGCCUGCCAAAUGGCCAGAGUGGGAAGGAGCAGGUAUACAGCUCCAAAAGCUCCCAGAGGAUGCAUGACACAUCCCCCUCCGCCAGUGAUGUUACUUACCCUGCCACUGACAAACUGAGGAGUUUCAGGAGGAAUUACUACUACUACGAGCUGAACUGGCCACAUGAACCUACCUCAUCCUUUUCUGUCAAACAAAGGAUCAAAUCCUUUGAAAACCUGGCAAAUUUCGACCGGCCCAUUGUGAAGGCCAUCGAUAUCCACUCGGCCACGCGGUCCCAACUUGGCAGGAGGUCAUGCAGUGGGAUGGCCACUGCAUCCAGCCCUGCUGACACGCCUCGUGCUUUGCGGCGCAGCUUGAGCUCCUACGGCAGCACGCCGAUGCCAGCUGACACUGUGGCCAAGUCACCCAUAAGCACAGAGCCGACACGUGCAGUGGAGGGUGUCACGAAGGAAGGAAAGCCCCAGAGGGGUGAGGAGUGCAGCACUGGGGCGGACCAGUCUCCUUUUCCCCCUGUGGCCUCGCAGGUGCGGCGCAGCCGAGUUCUGGGCCGGCUGCCGCUGUCCCGCUCCAGGCUGCGGGAGCUGAGGGCACUCAGCAUGCCUGACCUGGACAAGCUAUGUGGUGAGGGCUUCUCAGGGCCGCCCCAGCCUGCCUGCUUCAAAACAGAGCUGGAAAUCACUCCCCGGAGAUCCUUUGUCUUGUCAAGCCAGGAGAGCCCUACCAAGGCAGGGGGGAUGGGCAGUGGCAGCCCUCAGGACAGCAGCUCGGGGACACCAGGGUCGGCCUCAGAUGAUGACUCACCCCGUGGUGGCUCUCCAGAUGCAGAGCACCUGGGAAACAGCUGGUCCCUCAGCCUGGAUCAGCUACUCAUCUCAAACCUGGACCAGCAAAAAUUGCAGUCUGUUUUGUCAGCUCUGAUACCAAAAUGUGACAUUGCUUCUAUGCUCCAGGAAGUCAAAGCACAAGUGAAGAGCAAAGAAGAUGCAUACUUUGUAGUCCUGAGUAAAGAAGAAGGAGCUGGCCUGGGAUUUAGUGUUGCUGGAGGAAUAGAUCUGGAACAGAAAUCAGUCACAGUCCACAGAGUGUUUUCCAAGGGAGUGGCAUCUCAAGAAGGGACUAUCCAGCGAGGAGAUCUUGUUCUGUCAAUCAAUGGCAAAUCUCUUGCAAACUCGGUCCACGGUGACGUCCUGAAUGCACUCCAUCAGGCAAGACUGCACAAAUAUGCAGUCAUUGUCAUCCAGAAGGAAAAAGACAAAGCAAACAAUUCCUCCAGACGUGAGAUAUCAGCUACUGGCAGAAAAUGUGUGGGGUCUGGAAAGGAUGUUUCCAUGGAAAUAGGAACAGAUCCAAACCUGGACAUGAAUGAUGUCAUCUGUGUUGAAUUAUUGAAAACCUCUGCUGGCUUGGGCUUCAGUCUCGAUGGUGGAAAAGCUUCUAUUGCUGGAGACAGGCCCUUGCUUGUAAAAAGAAUAUUUAAAGGUGGUGCUGCAGAGCAAGCUGGAAACAUAGAAUCUGGAGAUGAGAUUCUUGCUGUUAGUGGAAAAUCAUUACUUGGCCUCAUGCAUUACGAUGCCUGGAACAUUAUUAAAUCUGUGCCAGAGGGCCCUGUUCAGUUACUCAUCAGGAAACACAGAACUUCAGUGUGAUGGAAGUGCUACAUCUAAUCACAUUUGCUGAGACAAAACAGUUAAAACUGGCUAGAAGCUGUCUUUGUUUCUAAUGCCACAGAAGUGUCUUAAUGCUUUACAAAGAGGUGCUAAGAGCCUUGGAGAACCACUGAGCAAGAGCGUGAUGAUCGUCUAAAAUCUCUCCUGUUUAUCAAGAAUGAAGGAAACCAAACACUAGAGAUGUUUUUUUUUGUAUGAUGUGGCAGUUUUAGUGGAACUUCAAGACCUUUACUGAGUUCGGUUUAAAGUAUUUUGACUGAGAAAUAAUGUUGUGCCUGUCCCUCAUAUUUUUAGUAUCUGCAGAGCAUUGGGAGUACAACUUGUCAUUUGCCAUCCUGUUGACAAGGAUGAUACUUGGACUGUAUUGUAUUACUUAGCUAUAAUCUGACUUCAGGACACUUACUUAGGGUCUGGUCCUUAUUUGUUAUAAUAAGAGAAUGUCUGGAACAAUCUCACUCUAUUCUUCUAAGUGCAGUUUUGCUUAAAGUGCAUGACAAAAGAGACGUAUAAUUUUUGCACAACUUUUAUGCCUAAGGUGAGCGUUUUAUUGCAAAGGUGAAGAAUCCUCUAAAAACUGAUGAAUUAACUCAGAAUCUACCACAGCUGAAUCUGCCUUUAGGGGAAACGUGUAUACAAAAGCACUUGGCAAUAAAUCAGCAGAAAUCUGUGAGCAAGAAAAUCGAGUCUGAAUAUUAGGUGACUGUCCACCAAGGUGUAGGCUGAGUUGUUAGUUUUUGGGAGUGAUAAAAAUUGGGGAUUGAAUUUUCAAAUUUAGGCUUCUAACAUUAGACACCUUUAAAUACACAUAUAUUUUUAAAAGAAGGGCAGUUUCCAAGUGCUGAGCACUUGCAGAUCCCACAGACUUCAGCGAUCGCUAAGUAUGUCUGAAAGCCAGGCUGCUUUUAUUUGGCUGCAAGAGGCUGAAGGUUGCCCAGCUUGAAAUACUGAAGCUGGCAAAUGGUGGUCUAAGGAUGUGGAUUUUAACAGAUUAAAUCUGAACUGGCCAUAUUUAUGGUGGCUAUUAACUGUUCUUUUAAUUAUUAUUUUUUCCUUUCCUGUCCAGUAUUUAUUUUUUUCUUGUGUGGGAGUGGGUGAGUAUGUGUGUGCAAAGCAUAAGUGCUUCUGGCUGCAUCAGAAAUGGGCUGAUGCUGAGGGUUUUGGAUAGUGAGACUGAAAACUAUUUGCAUGGGUGGGAGAAGCCAUGCUGUAGAUAGAGAAAACUGUAGGGGCUGCAGUGCUACAGGUGCUUCAGGUGGGAUUUUCUCAGCUCUGCUCCUGGUGGGCCAUGCUGCUGAGUGUUAUUUAUAGUCUGUUCUACGCGGAGGAGAAUGUAUGAGUGCGAGAGAUUAGACUGUGCUAUUUCUCUUCCUAUGUCUGGGAUGGCUAAACAACAUAAAAGAGAUAGAGGAGGAAAUGGGCCAGUGUCCUUAUCAGCUGAGAACAAGUUGUUUGUUCCAGAGUGCUCAGGUUGUUUGUCGCGUUGGGCUGGAGCCCCGCUUGUCGCCAACAAGCCCAGGGUGAGGAGCUCUGAGCCUGGAGCCGGUCCAAAUGUGAAGUGCUGCCUGCUGUUGUAGUAAGGCAAUAUACUGCAUAGUUGUUAUAAGAAGGCCAGGACUCCUCACUUGGGGCUGUACCCCAAGAUCAUGCUAUUGUUUCCUCUGUUUAUGUCUCAGUUCACAGUGCUUGGAUCAGUUGCUUCCAGGAUGGUGGGCCCUUGGUUUGGUUCAUUUCUGUGGCAGCUGUGUCAAUCAGCAGCUCAUGAUAGGCAGCAUAAAAUUCAGUUCUGUGGGGCAGCCAGAGACCAAGUGAGCAGGAAACCUGUGCAAUGCUUGCCUAUAAACAAACGUAUUUUAAUCUCUUUCGGUGACAUGUAUGAGCACAAGCAUCUAGGAGGAGAUGCAACUUUUGGUUACAUGAAAGGCAAUACUGUCCAUAGUCCUACAGCUGCUUUGCCAGCAGGAUUUCUGUGGAAUGCAUUCAGGGUCAAUGAGGUGGAUUUGGGUCUCCUGAGACCCCAAAGCUCAGCUCCUUUGCCAGGACCACUUCCCACCUUUGGUCCCAUCCUUGUGGGGGAGGUUUUGGGAGGGUACAGCACCUGGGGUCAGCCCCACACUGGGGCAGCAGGCCUGGGCCGGGACAAAAGAGGUUAGCUUUGCGUCUUCCCUGAAAAAUCAGGGAGAAGACAUUUGGCAGUGAUGAUUAAAUGGGUAGGCCUUGUUCAGGAGUGACCAAAAUCUGAUUGUAAAAGCGUGUAUAGUAGAUACGUAAAAUGCAUGUGGAAUUUAAUGCAACGUAGUAAAUAUGUACCUGUAUCUGUAUAACACGUUCAAGUGCAGUACUGACUUUUUGCUACUUUAAUGUGCUAAAUCACAAAUAAGUUUUAGGAAAUGAUGGGGAUAUUUUUUAGUUGAAAAUUUUUGAGGUCACAGUGUCAGGAGGACAUAUGGCACUCUCCCAGUACAUUGUGAGCUCAAAGAUGAAGUCUUCAUUUUGUAAAGCAAACUUAAUUUGAGAUGUCUUAAAAUGAUACGUGGUGAAUAUUUUCAGACACUUACUUGCAGAUACUGUUCUUUGUGAGUGAUUUAGAAGGCUUUUGAUCUUCAGUAGUUGAAUACUGUUUAGUAUUUUAUUUUACAUGCAUGUAGAUAAGUGUUGGAUGAGUAACAGCAAGAAGAGGUGGGGAGUUCUGUGUGUAAUUCAGUAGUGGGGAUAAUUUAAAGAUAGGUUUAACAUUUUAAGUCUGAUACUUAAUAUGGGUAGAACUAUUUACUUCUCUAAUAACUUCGCAGCAAGAAAAAGAAUAGUGUUUAACCCUCAUUGUUUCUGCUCCUGAAAAAACUUUUUUUUUUUUUUUUUUGGUGAAGGAGCAGGAAACACUUUGACCAGUGCUCCUGGUGUUGGUAUGGUUACAGUGGCACUUCCUGAUGUUUCUGUUGGGGUGACACUCUACAUAAAAGCCCCAGGAUUUACAGAAUGUUGGCCUGAUCUAUUACAGAAAGAGUGGGUGAAGCAAACAGAUGUAGUGAACCAUCGGUUGUGCGUCUGGCAAAGUAGCUUACUUUUCUGAGAGGCUGGUCACAGCAGAGUGACACAGGAAGUUGUGUUAAUUCAUCCGUAUUCAGUAAGUUCACAGGCAUUUUGGCCUCGCUGUUUGCAUGUCAGGCCCACAGUGAUUCUUCACCACGCUGGAGAGCUGACCAAGCUCUAGGAGAGAGCGACCGUCCAAAGACUCACAGCUGCAUUUUCAUAGACCAAAAGUCAGGAUGAAAUUAUGCAGUUGGUCCACUGCUUUUCACCAGGAACCUGAAGGCGUGCCAGAUGAGGAGAGUUUGCUUCUAGAUAGAAGUCUAGUGGGAGGCUUUGCUGCUUCCGAGGCUUGGAGCACAUGUUGGAUAUGAGAAUAGGCUCUGGUGUGGUACAGCAGUAGCAUCUUCUGCAGGCUUUUAUACCUGGGAGCUCUUCCCAGCUUCUUUGGGGAUUACAUCUGUACUUAAACAAACAAACAAAAACCCACAAAACAACAACAAAAAAAAAAACAAAGCAGAGGUGUGAGGUUAGGCCUAAGUUAGAGAGGGAACAACAUCUAAUCAUUUUCUUGCUUAAAAAAGUAAUUGAGAGCAGAUAUGUGUUAAGAAACUGUUGAGUGAUUCAGGUUUUCUGUUGACCCUCACUUAAAAUUAACCCUUAUAAAUGUUCUGCAGCGGUUCUUGUGAAAAUCUGAAGGAAACAUUCCCAGGUGGGAAUGUUUACCUGCUUCUACAUUUAGGGUAUGUAAAUGUACAUGUGGAAAUAUCAAUGAGGAGUAGGCUAGAUCAUGUGAGAAAUAGGGAUCCCACUCUAGGUUAGGUUUUGUGUAUUAGGCUGACACACUUCUUGUAUGAUACUGUAUAUUUACACCUUUAUUUAUAUGAAUAAAACUUCUUCUAAUGAAAA